AUGUCCCUCUCGUCCUCAGAGAGAUUCACCUCUUCCCAGAGCCCAGAAAGAAUUGUAAACACCAAACUCACCCGCCGUCUGUCAGGUAUUAGACUUCCGUUUAUUUUUCAUGGGUAAUGUAGUUCUUGGAGGUUAUUGGUCCACAACGCGGCGCGGGGAACUCUGAGAGCCUCCCAUCCUCUGUCAACAACCGGGUCGAGAUCACCUCGUCUAGUUUUACCACAAACUUUGUCCUGUAUGAUCCCUCGCUCCGCUCACAGUGUGCCCAGCGUUACUUAUGCAGACGGGGCAGUGACUUCCUAUCCUUCCUCGGUGUUGUGGCUAUGGAAGGACGGUGUGCUGUUGAGACUUUGGCAGAGUUUGGCCUCUCAGGAACAUCAUGCACCCCGAAGGUCAGGUUUGGUGUUGGGACAGAUGUGUUCCUCUGCACUGGCAGCGACGAGGUGUAUGUAUUCAGUACUAAAGAGAGCAAACUCAGGGCUGUCCUCCAGUUUCCUGAUCCUGUGAGUGACCUAUUUGAGAGUCAUGACAAGCAGCUCCUCUAUGUAGCCUGUAGGAGCGGAGUUUAUUGUGUUAGUGUACAAUUUCUGCUAUCCAGAGCUCAAAGCUCAGCGGCCGAUGCAUCCUCAGGUCCACCUGAGCUGAAGAUCUCCUCUGAGCUUCUUGUUGUUCCAGAAGAAGGGGUGUUGUCGCUGCUCCUCGUCGGCUCCGUUCUCCUGACUCUGUCCCAGAGAGACGCAUCCUGGAUGUUGACACUGUACGACUGUCCAAAACACUCAGCGUCUAGCAGUUAUGAGAUGCUUACUUCGUUCAGCCUGCCACUGGUGUCAGGUGUUGUACACAGUGACACUGAGGGAGAGACGGGGACGAGAAGGAGGCCUGUCCUGACAUGUGUCCAUUCUAGUGACACAACACCAUCAUCUUCCUCCUCCCUGAGUGACAGCCACUUCCGCCUCGAGCCGACCCUCUUCAAACUUCUGUUUGGGAUCGACGCCGCCCUCACCAAAUCACCGGUUGUCCUUUGUGGCCUGCCAGACGGAUGCCUGUGUUUCCUUCCUCUGCGUGUGCCAGGAUCGCGGCUCCGAGUCCUGCACAGCCUUGAGCAGCCAGUCGUAUUUGUUGGAGCAUCUGUUGUCAUGGAAACGGGUCCGGGACAUGCACAGUGUUUGGUGACAGUGGGUGAACUAGGGAGAGUGGUGGUGAUCAAAAUAGACAAGGGAGGGCCGGAGGAAAGGGUCAACGUGGCUGGAUUUAUUGAGCGGUGUGUACCAGGGCCUGUGAUGUGUGGGUGUAUGGAUAAAAACUGCCUGUACUACAGCACUGGGUCAGACCUGCUGAGACUGGAUCUAUCAGAGGGAUCAUUUGGGAUACCAGGCCAAGAAAGGGAUGAAGAUACAUCCAGUAAGACAGACGCUGCCCUCCAAAGCCCCACCAGUUUAAAUGUGUGUAGAGUCAUUGCCUUGGCUGAGCCUCCAGGCAGCACUGCAGGUGCUAUUCAGCUGCUGGGGCUGUCUGUCAGAGGGCAACUACAAAGUAUUACCUUACCUGUGGGGAGAGAGGAUGCAAUAUUGUGCAAGAUACCUUCCACACAGGUGGGCAGCAGCGUCAGGGACCUCCUGUCUGCUAUCGGGGAUGUUUGUGAAAGGGCAUCAACACUAAAAACUGAUAUCAAAUCCAAAAACCAAAUUCUAAGGCACCUGAAUCAGGUGCUUAACAUCAGCUUCCUGCUGACAGCCAGUACAAAAAGUGAAGAGAAGUCAAUAAGAUGUCACGCCAUAACAAAGUGGAGCAGAUUGCUUCAAAAAGACUCCCUGAACCUGACAUGUGUCCUGGAUAAUUCAAGUCCUUAUGUUUUGGAACAAGGCUGGACACUGAGCAUCACUGUAUUUCCUCUGUCCUAUUCUGCCGACACAGGUGGGGAAAGCUCCUCAACAAAUUUUUCAUUCCCACUCCACAACAUUCAUCCAGGGGAAACGUUAGAAGUAUCACUGCCCCUAGCAGCUGCAGGCGACACAUCUUUCCCCGUGACAGUGAGCUGCUCGCUCAUCUUCUCGCUCUCAAGUCUGCUGGGAGAGAGGGCAGUAAACCUUCCUGGGUCGCAGAGUAGCUGCAUCUGUUUGCCUGUGAACACGUUGACAGUGGAUUGGUUGCACACCCUGCAGGUGAACAGUCCCAUAGCCAUUCAUCAAAAGGCCACAUCUGGAUGCAACAACACCACAGCGGAUCCCAUCCACGCUUUUUUAAACUCACGCCGGAUUAAGUGCAGCGGAAGAGAGGAGAGAGGAGGAGAGGGCGCUUCAAAGCCUGAGCGAGAGCAGUAUUCAGCAAGAGUACAGGUGUCGUCAGAGUUACUGAGGAAUACGCUGGUGUUUAAAAGCUCAGAUUUGGACCCACAGGGGCCAAAGUCGGCCCCUCAAAAUGUGUGCCUUUCUUUACUGGAAUGGCUGUUGUCUGAAGGUCCUGGGGGAGUGAGGACGGGGGACCAAGGAGACAAGAUCAGCAGCUCAGUGGUCCAUGCUCGCGGUCCAAACGGACAUCCAGUAAAACUGACUGCAAAAGAGGUAAAUGCAGGGGAGGAGGAGUCCCUGACCACAGUGGAGCUUCAGGUUGAGAGCUCUUCUAUAGCAGCGGUGUGUGGACUGCACCAUGCUGUGCUGCGACGGGUACAGAAUCUGUUGCAGAGGGCUCCUGACAGGGCUGCUUCCACAAAGAGGGUCCAGAGUCUAGGUUUAAGACAAGCACUGCAGCGGGCCGAGCACCUGUCACAGCAGAUCCAGCAGAGUCGGGUCUCAGGGGCCUUCGGCGUGGGUGCGUCCACAGGGCAAAUGACCCGGUCUCUUCUCAGUGUUUACAGAGAACUCAGAGAAAAUCCUCUCCUUAUAAUUUAAAGCCUUUUCUUUUUUUUCUUUUUUUUUUUUUAGCUGAGCCCACGCAGAUGCCCUUGGCCUUGUUCUGUGUGUUAUGUAACUUCUCUUUGUAGCUGAUUAAAACAUAAUGUCUAUAAUAGUGUUUGCUAAUGUAAAUGUACUUUAGUGUCCCUGUAAACAUUACCAUUCAUGGUUACUUUCACGUGACUCCGUUUUCCUACUAUUAUUUUGAUA